AGACACGCGAUUGUAAUGACACGUUUUAUCUUCAUCAUUUUCUCCGUCGUUCUGCUCUGUUGCCAUGUGGAUGCGGCGAAUAUCCUCGGUCUAUUCCCCGUCACAGUGCGAAGUCACCACAUGGUUUACGAGCCAUAUCUGAAACGACUCGCGGAGCGCGGUCACAACAUGACAGUGGCAUCGUUCUUCCCCGUAAAAGAGCCACCGCCAAAUUUCCACGGGAUCAGCUUGCAAGGAAUAGACGAGACACGGCUUGAACAAGUCAAUUUAAGCGCCUUCGAGAACCAGCGUUUGCUUUACAAAAUUCCAGUGUUGGGAGGCAUUGCGAAGGGUAUAAUACCGCUGCAAUCGUUUGCAACAUCAUCUGCCAGAAUAUGUGAGCGGCUGAUAGAUUUCGAACCGUUUAUAGAAGCUCUGAAAGGUGAUUAUGACCUGGUUUUGAUGGAGAAUUUCAUGGGCGAUUGCGCGCUGGCUUUGUAUCGUUUGUACGGUGGAAAAGCGCCGUUAUUGGAUAUUAUGUCCGGAACACCUAUGCCUUGGACGGUGCAACGCAUCGGUGCAGUCGACAACCCGUCCUACGUGCCCGUCAUAACGUCCUCAUUCAAAUCGGAAAUGUCCUUUAUGGAACGUUUGGAAAAUACCCUAUUAAACAUUUGUAUAAAUGAAUGGUUUAAACAACAAAUUACGAUGAAAGAAAAAAAGAUUUUAGAGAAAAGGUUUGGCAGUAUUCCAGACCUCAAUGAGCUGGCCAGGAAUACGUCGAUGAUAUUCUUAAAUACAUUCCACGUGCUCAACGGGGCGAUUCCUCUCGUUCCUGGGCUGGUGGAAGUUGGUGGGAUGCAUUUAAGCCCCAGCACGAAAUCUUUACCUCAGUCUGAAGUCGAUCUGAUGGUGGAGCCUAAACACAGUCACGCGAGUGCGAUGACGCGUUUUAUCUUUAACAUUUUAUCCGUUGUUCUGCUUUGUUGUUAUGUGGAAGCCGCAAAUAUCCUCGGCUUGUUCCCCACCACAGUGCGAAGUCACCACAUGGUAUACGAACCAUAUCUGAAAGGACUCGCAGAGCGCGGUCACAACAUGACAGUGGCUUCGUUCUUCCCCAUAAAAGAUCCACCUCCAAAUAUCCGCGAAAUCAGCUUGCAAGGGAUAGAUGAGACACGGCUUGAACACGUCAAUUUAAACGCCUUCGAGAACCAGGGCUUCCUUUACAAAAUUCCGGUGUUGGGAGGCAUUGCGAAGAGUAUAUUACCGCUGCAAUCGUUUUCCACAUCAUCGGCCAGAAUAUGCGAGCGCCUGAUGGAUUUACAACCGUUUGUAGAAGCUCUGAAAGGUGAUUAUGACCUGGUUUUGACGGAGAUUUUCAUGGGCGAUUGCGCGCUGGCUUUGUAUCGUUUGUACGGUGGAAAAGCACCGAUAUUGGCCAUGGUGUCCGGGGCACGCAUGCCUUGGACGAUGGAACGCAUCGGUGCUGUCGACAACCCGUCCUACGUGCCCAUCGUAACGUCCACAUUCAAACCAGAAAUGUCCUUUAUGGAACGACUGGAGAAUACGCUAUUGGACAUUUGUAUAAAUGAAUGGUAUAAACAACAAAUUGUGAUGAAAGAACAAAGGGUUUUAGAGAAAAGGUUCGGCAACAUUCCAGACCUCAAUGAGCUGGCCAGGAAUACGUCCAUGAUAUUCUUAAACACAUUCCACGUGCUCAACGGGGCCAUGCCUCUCGUUCCUGGGCUGGUGGAAAUUGGUGGGAUGCAUUUAAACAUUGGCAAGAAAUCUUUACCUCAGUACAUCGAGAAGUUCCUAAACGAGUCCGAACAUGGCGUGGUGUUAUUCAGUCUGGGCUCCCAUGUAAAGACCAUGUCAAUGCCGAAGUAUAAGGAGCAGAUCUUCAUCAACGCACUCUCCAAGUUGAAACAGCGAGUGAUUUGGAAGUAUGAAGGCAGCGGAGAAGAGGGAACCUACAUUGGAAAUAUACUGCGGGUCAAAUGGUUACCGCAGUACGAAUUGCUACAACACAAGAAGGUCAUCGCCUUCAUCACCCACGGCGGCAUGUUGGGGAUGACGGAAGCGGUGUCAGAGGGCAAGCCGAUGGUCAUCCUACCGUUGUUCGCUGACCAGCAUCUCAACGCGGCAGCAGCGGCUGAGGCGGGCGCUGCCGUAGUGUUGUCCUAUGUGGAUCUGACUGAGCAAUCUCUUACUAACGCGUUGCAACACGUUCUGAGUGAAGAAUACGGAAUAUUGGGGAUGACGAAAGCGGUGUUAGGGGGCAAGCCGAUGGUCAUCCUACCGUUGUUCGCCGACCAGCAUCUCAACGCGGCAGCAGCGGCUGAGGCGGGCGCUGCCGUAGUGUUGUCCUAUGUGGAUCUGACUGAGCAAUCUCUGACUAACGCGCUGCAACACGUUCUGAGUGAAGAAAUGGUUGCAAAGGCCCGGAAAGUGUCCCAGAUGUGGCACGACAGAGAAUCGUCUCCCAUCGACACGGCUAUCUACCACACAGAACGGCUUAUUCGAUGGGGUCACGAUGCCAAGCUCUACACCAAAGCGAGAGAUCUACCAUUUUACAAGCUAGCCCUAAUAGACGUUGCACUAGCAAUAAUAUUAUUCAUAGUAAUAUUUAUAGCUUUAUCAAUCUAUCUAAUAAAAAAAAUAUUGAAGCUAAUAAUAGGCAAAACCAAAGUGAAAGCUGAAUAAAAUAAGGUCAAUCAUUAAACGCGCAUAAAAUUGCAAUUGAUAAAAAUAGAUCUAUAUAAUCAACGAAUCUCGUCUAUUAUUAGGACCGGAAGGUGACUCACAUUUAAGACAGGUUACUAAUACCUACAUAUACCAACUGAUUUGAGGUAGGUACAACUAUCUAUUCAUUAGUUUCAGCCUAUUUUUACGGCACAAAACAAGGUCAAGGUCUGUCUCAGGAGCGUAGCUAACACCGUAUCAGCCAAAUCUAUGAUACAGGCCCCCGGGCUACAGGCGCCCCUUACGAUUUUUUUUUUAUUCUUUACAAGUUAGCCCUUGACUACAAUGUCACGAUGGUAAGUGAUGAUGCAGUCUAAGAUGGAAGCGGGCUAACUUGUUAGGAGGAUUGCAAGUAAAAAUGAGGAAAAUUUAAUCUACAAUGUCACUUAAUCUGGUGUUUCCCGAAAAAAAACCUAAAAAAAGACGCCUAUAGUUUUCACUUCAGAAAUGACGAGAAGUAAAAAAACUCUCGUUUCUUUCUGUCUUUUUCUUUCUGAAAAAACUGUCUCUUUUUUUCCCGGAUUAGAGCGAGGGCACACGAUGCAUUGCGCUGUGUCGUCUUUCAUAGAAAUAUCUGUAACACGUCAAACUCCGCUCCGGCGCCGCACCGGACUUGCAACCACCGAGACGAGGCGGGUAGGGGUGAAUGCGCUGCGACGUCGGAGCGGCACCGCUCAGUUGUCUUAACAGACUGUCCAACGCUGCGUAGCGGCGCCGCUCGUGUGCCUGCUAAUACGUUGAAUCUUUGCGAUGCGGCACCGGAACGCAUCGUGUGGCCCCGCUCAUAAGCGUGUUGGAAACAUCCUACAUAAAUCACUGUUGAUGACUGCUGUUCGACUAUUUUCUAACUGUUAUGACCGGCUGAUGUUAAUGAUAGUGAUUAAGAUCGUCAGAUUAAAGUGCUUUCCGAGGCAAGGAGGCACAAGCAACUCAGCUCGGAAUUUUUACUGAGUUUUUUAUUUUUGUAGCUAUUCUAAGAAUAAUAACUACUUACAUAGUUUAAAAAAGUAAAAGACACGCUUUUAGCGCGCACUAUAAAUUACAUAUACUGGACGUCACGUGACUAUUUUUUUCGUAUUCCUGACAGCAAGCCCUUUCAUUUGAUAUACUCAUGGGGGUGGAUUUCAAACAGCCAGUACGCCAUCUUGGGGACGCCGCCAUAUUGGAUUUGUAAUGACGUUUCUUAGCUAGUCACGUAUUGUCAUCAGAACUCAAAGCGUGUGCAAAAUUUCACCCUAAUCAAAGACCGUGAAGUGGGUCAAAUUAAGAUUCCAAGAUUUGAUUUUUUUACAUACAUAGAUACAAGUAAAGCUAAAGCGUGUUAAUAAAAAUGCAGCAAAACAUUUAGGUUCUUUUAUUGUUGAAUGACAUAUAAUGAAACUGAAACAAUAGAUUAUUUAUUAUUAUAAUAUAUCAAAUAUAAUAUUAAUCAUAAGCA